UGUGUUCAAUUUUUUAACACGUAGAUAUUCCUAAUUUGCUGAAGGGGGACAUUAACGAUAUUUUCCAGGCAAAAGUUAGUACUUUUAAGUCGCCACAAGUUGGCAGCGCAUAUCACAACAUUUGCUUUCGCGCUAAUUUUUUUUCCUAACAAUCCAAAAAUGUCGCUUAAAAAGGCCCUUGACGAUUGCCUGAUUGAUUUCGAUCGAUGUGUGCUGGUCACUGAUCUUCUUGAGGAGUAUAAACUGCCCUACAAGGAGGUGGCCGAAGAGCUGGAAGCAUAUAUCAAAAAACAAGAGCCGGCGACAAAGUUUAAAAAGAGAUUCUUGGUUCAUGGAAAGCGUAGAACGCAGGAAACAUCUUCUGGCGAAGAACUUUACACCGUGGUGCAGGAGAGCAAGCUGAACGAUUGGAUAUCCAAAGUUCAAGAUGCUGAGACCAAGCUGUACAGCGUGGAAAUCGCAGGUGGCUCCAAAUCCCCGGCUGCAAUAUUUAAGCCCAUGCAGCAUUUGGAGGUGAAGUUGUCCAAGGUGGAGCAGCGGCCUGGAGCGGGCAAGACGGCUCCCACUACAAAUGGGGCGCCACUUACCAAUGGCUCUUCCAAGUCGCAGGUGUCCAAAACGGAAACCGCCAAGUCUUCAGUUAAGAUAGAACCCUCAAAAACUUCGGUCAAGACGGAGCCAUCCAAGUCAGAGGUCAAAAAAUCAGCAGACAGCAAGGAAAACCCCUCUCCGGAAACUAAGAAAACCUCACCCAAAGAGCAGGACUCGAAAACUAAGCCCGCAGCCGCUAAAAAAGGCAGCAUAAAUAGCUUCUUCACAGCAGCUGCCAGCAAACCAAAGGAUGUCAAGGCUACGCCCAGCAAAUCGGCUGCCAGCACGAUGGAAAACUUCUUCAAGAAGCAACCACCAGGAGCCAAGAAGUCACCAUCCGAGAAAAAAGAAACAAAUGCUGCAGCCAAGCAAGAUUCACUCAAAAAAGAAUCACCAAAUAAGAAAUCCCCAAGUCCCACCAAAAAGCCAUUAGCGGCAAACACCUCCGUUCAACUUUUUGAUGCGGAGAGCGCAGAAUCAUCCGACGAGGAGGAGAAGUUAGACAAGCUGCGACGCAACGUGAUCGGAUCGGACGACGAAUGCGAUCAGAAGAAACCUGCCACCUCCAAGCGGCGACGCAUCAGCGACUCGGAAGAUGAGGAGCAGCCUCCCAAAAAGUCCGCUGAACAGGAAGUAGUCGCAAUAGACGAUGAAAUGGACACGGAACCAGCCAACGAAACUUAUCUGGACGAAGAAGGCUUUGUCAUUACCCAAAGGAAACCAAAUAAAUCCCAGCCCGUCAAGAAAAAGGUUUCUCCCAAAGCAGCAGCCCCUGCCAACAAAAAGAAAUCGCCACCUUCAGCGGCGAAAACUGGAAAGGAUGCGCCUAAAACCAAACAGGCUGGCAUCAUGAGCUUCUUUGCCAAGAAGUAAAUAAAAGCAUGAACGAUUUUUGCUGAAUGUUAUGCUCUUAGAAGUAAAAACUUAUUUUGUUUUUAAUAAACUUAUUUAUGCGUCAAAAUA